AUGACGAUUGGGUUAGAGUCAUGGUUCCACAAUUUUUCCCAGUUCAUCCAAAGAGCCAGCACACCUGAAUCACUGGCUGAUAUUCCUCGACCGUACCUGGAAUACUCUAUAUGGGGACUGUUCAAAGGAGCAGAAAUCACAAGCGUUUUAGGUGGCCUUGUUGCCCAUCCUCUCUAUCGUUGGUAUCUUCACCGGCAGUUGACUCCUGAAAAAACAACGCCAAAUUCCCAUAAAAUUAUAAGGGCUGCAUGCAGGCGGUUACAGGGUCGUUUCCUCCUGGCCGGCUUAUUCACAGGACCUAUCAUUGCAGUAUUUCAUGCUCAGAGUAAAGGUAAUGACGCAGUAGUUCGGGAUAUGUGCUACAAAAUCCGCUGUAAUUACAGAAGCCUUUCAAUGUCAAGAUAUAUCCCAGUAAUCUUUUCCGGUACUGCUUGUUUCCAGGACCGAUUCGUGGCCAUGUUUGGAUUUGUCGGUUGGUACUGGAAAAGAUUUCAAGGAGCGGUCGAUGGCAUAAACAUCGCUAUUGCAUAUGCAUUGAUCAAUUCAAAGAUCAUCGCUCCACGAACAUCGCCUAUUUUCAAAGACCGUGUGCAGCCGCAUGAGAGGUACACCUCCCCGGAAGAAGCCAUGAGCAAUCGAUCUCAACUUAAAAAGUUUCUCGCUGAAGAAGAAAAACGGAAAAUGUUGGAAAGUGCUAAAUAA